AACGUACCGCGCCCGACGUGCCACAAAACCCAAAACAGUGUGCACAGCUGCUAGCUUAAACGAGCAUUGGAAAAGAAAAGGCGGAGGGCCCUCAGUUAAUGAACUAAUAUUAUUAAAGGUUGUUUAAAAAAACCGUGGCGCUUUAUCUCGGUGUGACCCCUUUGCCUCUUGUGUCAUUGAGGUUCGGCUGCGGUUGUCUCAUGGUUUCGCCGAACACUCACUGAAAGCCAGGUGGAGGUCGGUUGGAUGCACGUGGCCGCCGGACGAGAGGCGCCAUGAGUGCGGAGUUGGACGCGCUGACGGUGGUCAACCAGCUGCGGGACCUGGCCGCGGACCCCCUCAACCGCAGGGCCAUAGUAGAGGAUCAGGGAUGCUUACCGGGGCUCAUCCUUUUCCUGGACCACCCUAACCCGCAGGUGGUCUACUCUGCACUGCUAGCUGUGCGCUACCUGGCAGAAUGUCGAGCCAACAGGGAGAAGAUGAAGGGCGAGCUGGGCAUGAUGCUGAGCUUGCAGAAUGUCAUGCAGAAGAGCGCGUCGCCCGGGGAAACCAAACUGUUGGCCUCUGAGAUCUACGAGAUCUUUCAGUCUGCAGGCAAGGAAGAAGCCGAGCAGGCCGAAGCGGCCGCCGCCUCCUGUCGACGUAAAGCUCAGUUCUUCCUGGGCUCCAACAACAAGAGGGCCAAGACUGUAGUGUUGCACAUUGACGGACUGGACGAUUCCACUCGUAGGAGCCUGUGCGAGGAGGCCUUGCUGAAGAUCCGAGGAGUCAUCAGCUUUACGUUCCAGAUGGCUGUCAAGAGAUGCGUUGUUAGGAUCCGGUCUGACCUCAAAGCUGACGCAUUGGGCACAGCCAUCAACUCUACUAAAGUGAUGAAAGCUCAACAGGUUUUGAGGACGGACGACGGAGGGGAGCUGAUCAUGCCAUUCCAGGAAGAGGGCGAAGGCGCGUCAGCGGUGGAAGAAAACACGGACAUCCCGGACUACCUGCCAGAAGAGGAGAGUCCAUCGCAGGACCCGGACAAGGCGGUGACGCGCGUGGGUUCUGUCACGGACGGAAUAGGCUGGCUCAACACGGCCGCCAACUUCCUGACUCGCUCCUUCUAUUGGUGACCCGAGCCGGUCAGGCCGUGGGGGGUGGGCUUAGCCUGGACUUGAAACAAAACACACACACAAAUACAAAGUUAUACAGCGUGUGUAUAUAACCAGUGUACACUAGUAACUGUAUAUCCCUACACUAGAGGACUUGAAAUCAGCUGACACCAAGGACGCUCGUUCCGAUACGUUGGGAGAUGAUUUUUCUGCAUGAUUUAUUUUUUCCCCAUUUCAAGAAUAUUUCUCAUACUAAUAUUUUGCGAUUCAUGUUUUUGUCUUUAAUUUUUAGCAUGCAUUAGUGCCAAUCUUACCCCCAAUCUUUCGUGUGCCUUUUUUUGAUUAUUGUAAUUAUUAUUUAUUCAUCUUCAGAGCGUCCCUGGAGAAUGCUGAACACAUGGAUUUUUUUCCCUUCGGGGGCCAUUUUUCUUAUUGCGAUUUAAUGAUGUUAAAAAAAAGAAGAAAAUGUUUGAAUUGUUAUGAAAAUUUAGGCGUUAAAUAAUUUAGAGGUCACUUCCACAAAACUCAAAACAAAAAUUCAAACAAAUUUUUUUUUUUUUUUUUUUUUUUUUUUUUUUUUUUUUUAGUGUUUAAAUGUUUAAAGUAAAUAAUUACAGUACUUAAUGAUGGAACAUUUUUGUUACAUUUAUUUAACUUUCAGAAUGUUUUAGCGCUCCUUAUUUAGGCAUAAUAAACACAUUAAAAAUGAAUAGGCGUUGGGCUUCAUUCAUUUUUUUUUAACAUUUAAAAAAUAUAAAAUCAAGUUAAACAGUACAAGUGAGUUUUUUUUUUUUUUUUUUAGCGAAAACCAUAAUAAAUAGAUAUCACAGACAAUAAUUUGGGGAAUUAAAUGGCCCCUGACAGGAAAAAAGUCCCCCCAUCCCUGCAAUAGCACCCCUUAACAACACACAAGUAUGUUCCCACAUGUACAUUUUGUAAAUGGUGCUUGACCCCCACCCCAACAAUCAUAAAACAUUAGUCACUUUUGUGUGGUUUGUUUUUGCGCGACUAACUCCACAAAAACGGAAUCUCUGCUGCCGAAAGUGCUUACCUCACAUCCCAGGUUGACUUGUUAUCUUCCCCGGCAUUAUGUCUCUCAUAAUUAACGUCCUGUACACAGCAACGCUACGCCGUGCAGUGCUGACGAGGCCACUUGUCUCGUCUCUUGUUAGUCCAAGUCGAAAAGCGGCGGCGUGACCUAAAUCUGGCGGCGGUGGCUACUUUCUGGUGAAGCAAUAACACUUUUUUUUUUAAUCAUUGCAUUGCUAUUACCAGUAUUCAUGUUUUGUUUGUUUUAGCAUUAGUACGACUCACAUGUACAGAUAUCCACCUGUGUACUACACUGUAAUGCUCAUUCCCAUCAAAUGAUGAUAAAAUUGAAAGUCAACAAUGGUGGUU